AUAACACAAAGCUUAUUUUCUCAGAAAAAAAAAUGGUAUAAAAUCAAAUGGUGGGUUUUUGGAAAAUAAAUAAGCUUUGUUUUACAUAGGCAGGUCUUGUAUUAACACAUCUAAGUUGGUUUUGUCACAAAUUCGUCCAUCGAAGCCAGUGCUAAAUAGAUUCUUCGAAUGUGUCGAAUAUCCAACGUCCAAUAUAAAUUAACUUUAUCACGCUUGGUGUAAGAGGCAUCUGGAUCACACCAUUAGAGCCUUCAGCCCUUAAUGUCCCAAAGGUGGUCAUAUCAAACAAUCCGUCUGAAACUAACAAUUACAAUAGGAUCCCCCGCACUUGGUGCUUGGCCCCCUAUAUGGUAAAGAGGAACUACACAAUCUCCAACAUUUCUUUAUAUUUCCCUGUUCUCUUUACUUCCCCAUCACAAUGGUUUACCUACCUACCUUCCUUCCUCUACCUCUAUAGAUUAACAACACAUAACAUUGCUUUGACUUUGUUCGUAAGCCUGUGAAGAAAGUCUCAAAAAGAAAAUUUAAAAAGUGAAGUUGAAAGUGUAUGAUGUCCAGGACUGGGAAUGGGAAUGUGGCUGCUGGGGACACCACCAAGGGGGUUAAGGAGAGGAUUGUGGAUAUUUACGUCAGUGUGGAAAGUCUGUUUGUUUACGAUAAACCCUGGAUGGAAGGAGACAGUAAAGGGGCAUCUGUGGAUAACGAAUACUCAGAGGUGGCCGAGGCUUCAGGGCAGAAGAAGGCCUGCAGGAUCCGAGCCGUGCUGCCUUGGCUCCUCGUGGUUCUCCUCCUUGUGGUCGUCACAGGCCUCGGAAUCGCCCUCAAAGAAGAACAGGCCGAUAAUGUCAACCAAACCAGCACACUAAUGGAGGUCCUGGAGAAACUAUGUGAGCAAAUGGGGGGUACUGAUAAUUGGAAAAGACUUCCCUGCUGUUGUUACUCCAUCUGCCCGCAAAUUGAAAGCCAAGAAAGAAAGAGCAGUGAGGAAAGCGGAAAAGAUUGUGUCUACACACAAGCCGACCUAGCCAGCAUAACCACUAGAGAGGAGCAGGAAAUUGUUUCUAGAUUGUCUUCUGACAAGCCAGCAUGGGUGGGUCUGAAGAGCGACGAUGAUGGAGUGUGGUGUUGGGUGGAUGGUACUCGUCUCCCCACUAAAAGUUUCGGGCACGACAGGCCGGAAGAAGAACCCUGUGCUUUGAGACCUCUGAGUUGUUUCGCCUGCAGCUCCAAACAAAACUGGAUCUGUGAGAAAAUAAUAGAAUGAGCUCACCAUGGCAGGGUACAGCCAACCAGCACACAGACACACUGGUGUGGAAAAUUGUAUAAUUUUAAUAACAUCACAGAUACAUUUGCUCAUCUUCUUUACUGUAUCACUGAUUCACUUAAAAAAGCCCUUUGUGUAUGUAUUUAAGUUACGUUAUUUGCCGUCUACUAAAUACUUUGAACAUGUGCACAUUCCACUGUCCUAUUUUGCACAUUAUUGCAUAGCAGUAAA